AUGUUUAAAUUACUGAAGCAUUUUGAGCGCUAUCGCUUCGUUUGGUCUUCCUCUCGAGAAACGGAAAUCGAAGAAUUUCUCAGAAAUUCUCCAAUGGUAUUAGACUAUGAAUCCGCAAUUACUCAAUAUGAAGAAAAGAUGAAAGAAGUGUCAGCCGAGCCGGAUGUGUUUGUUUGCGGUCCACUGGCUAUAUGUACAAGUCAACUCAAAGAUAGCUUAUUGGCUGAAAUCAAAGAAUGGAAGCUUCAAUACGGACGGGAGUGCAGUCGGUUCUAUGGAAAACAGAUGCGUGACAUUAUUGGCCUGAUGGAAAAAUACGAAAAGCCGCUCACUCGUCCGGUAAAGGACUUAGAUGACAUAAGAAUCAUCAUGAAGGUUUUAAGGGAACUACGGGAAGUAGAGGUAGAUGUCGAAUUACGAAUGGGUCCCAUUGAGGAAGCCUACUCCCUACUUGUCAGACAUCAACUUCCAAUCGACCAAGGUGACGCGGAAAAAGCCGACACACUUCGCUACAACUGGAACAAGCUGAUCAAGCAAGCCACUGUGGCACAGGAUCACCUACUUGCGAUUCAGCCGAAAAUGCAUGCAGAACUAUUGUUGAAAGUGACACAAAUGAAGGAGGAUUGCUCGACAUUUUACAACGACUACGAUACAAUGGGACCAAUGGUGUCUGGUAUUUCACCGAGAGAAGCGUCUGACCGAUUGUUUAUUUUUCAAAAUCGCUUUGAUUACCUGUACCGAAGCUUUACUACCUGCGUAGCUGGCGAAGAGUUAUUCGGUCUACCAAAAACCGAAGAUCCCCGAAUUCAUCAAGUAAUGAAAGAACUAAGUUUACUGCAGAAGUUGUACAACUUGUACGACACAGUGCUCAACAAGACCGCUUCCUACAAUGACUACACUUGGGCAGAGGCCAAUAUCGACGCCAUGUCAACUGAACUGCAAGAUCUACAAAGCCGCUGUCUAAGACUACCAAAGGCCUUAAAAGAAUUUCAGGCGUACGAUGAUCUUAAAAAGCAAAUUACCGAUUUCAAUGAUCUUAUGCCCCUUUUGGCAAUGAUGAAGAGCCAAGCUAUGAGGUCUCGACAUUACAAUCAGUUGAAAGAAUUGCUGGGAAAUAAAUUUGAUUUAGAAGCUCCAGGUUUUACUCUGCGCAGUGUGUUGGAUGCUCUACUUCUUACACACAAAGAAGAGAUAGAAGAUAUAUGCAUUUCAGCAACUAAGGAACGUGAUAUUGAAAACAAACUAAAAACCAUUAAACUGGACUGGGCGGCGCAAGAAUUUGAGUUUGCUCAUUUCAAGAGCCGAGGAGAACUGUUGCUUCGUGGCGACCAUACAUUAGAGCUUAUUUCAUUAAUUGAGGAUUCUCUCAUGGUCCUUGGCUCUUUACUGAACAACCGUUAUAACACACCAUUCCGGAAAGAAAUUCAAAACAUGUUAGCUCGCUUAUCUUUAACGCAUGAAAUUAUCGGCCAGUGGUUGGCGGUUCAAAAUCUGUGGCUUUAUUUAGAGGUGGUCUUCAUCGGUGGCGAUAUUGCCCGUCAACUGCCGCGGGAAGCAAAGCGCUUUAGUUCAGUGGAUAAAUCGUGGCAACGUAUAAUGCAAUAUGCACACGAAAUACCCAAUGUCGUGAACUGUUGCUCUGACGACGCUUUACUCGGACAACUUCUUCCGCAUUGUAUGGAACAACUGGAGAUGUGUCAAAAGAGUCUAACGGGGUAUUUAGAAAAGAAGCGCCUAUUGUUUCCGCGGUUCUUCUUCGUAUCUGACCCUUCUUUACUGGAGAUAUUAGGUCAAGCUUCCGAUCCUCAAACGAUCCAAGCUCAUUUGCUUUCCAUCUUCGACAAUAUCAAGACUGUUGAGUUCCACGAGAAGUACCGCGACGUCAUUCUGAAGUGUUACUCUCAGGAAGGUGAGGUUCUUGAGCUAGAUCAACCCGUCAAAGCAGAAGGGCACGUAGAAUUGUGGCUUUCCGUUCUGUUACAACAAGCACGACAGUCCCUGCACAGAGUAAUUCGCGCGGCUCAUGAUGCAACUAUGGGAGAAGAGUUCAAACUGCUGGAUUUUCUCCACAUGUUUCCAGCCCAAGUCGGACUUUUGGGGAUACAGUUCAUUUGGACUCGAGAAGCUACAAACGCUCUGAAAACAUCGAGACAUGAUAGGACCGUUUUGCGCGAAACGGAUGUUUUCUUCUCAAAAAUGCUUACAACGUUUAUUAACCAGACGACAAAGAACUUGACACCGGUUGAGCGCACGAAGUACGAGACCCUGAUAACAAUCCAUUUACAUCAAAAGGAUAUCUUUGCAGAACUAGUAAAAAAUAGAAUCCGAUCUCCGACGGACUUCGAGUGGCUCAAGCAGACUCGCUUCUAUUACUUCCAAGAUGCCGAUAAAUGCGUCGUGUCCAUAACGGAUGUGCAUUUUUGUUAUCAAGACGAAUUCCUCGGUUGCACAGAACGACUGGCAAUCACGCCGUUGACCGACAGGUGUUACAUAACUCUGGCCCAGGCAUUGGGCAUGUCCAUGGGAGGAUCUCCAGUUGGACCGGCGGGAACAGGAAAGACAGAGACCGUAAAAGAUAUGGGCAAGUGUUUGGGAAAGUAUGUUAUCGUGUCGAACUGCUCUGAUCAAAUGGACUUCCGAGGCCUGGGGCGUAUAUUCAAGGGGCUUGCGCAGUCCGGCUCAUGGGGCUGCUUCGAUGAGUUCAACCGCAUUGACCUUCCAGUGCUUUCGGUUGCAGCGCAACAAAUAGCCAUUGUUUUGAACUGUAAGAAGGAGAAGAAGUCGCAGUUUAUGUUCACUGACGGUGACACGGUUGACAUGAAUCCAGAAUUCGGGAUCUUUUUGACGAUGAAUCCAGGUUACACAGGGCGACAAGAGUUACCGGAAAACCUCAAGAUAAACUUCCGGACUGUAGCUAUGAUGGUGCCUGAUCGUCAGAUCAUCAUUCGUGUAAAACUCGCCUCCUGUGGUUUCAACGACAACAGCAUCCUGGCACAGAAAUUUUACACUCUGUACAAAUUGUGUGAAGAGCAACUAAGCAAACAAGUUCACUACGACUUUGGGCUGCGGAACAUACUCUCCGUCCUUCGCACAUUGGGGGCGGUCAAAAGAACAAACGUGAACGAUACUGAGUUCGUCACAGUUAUGCGUGUACUACGUGACAUGAAUCUGAGCAAACUUGUCGGAGCAGAUGAAUCACUGUUCAUGUCUCUUCUGAACGAUCUAUUCCCUCGAAUAACAUUAGACAGAGGCGGAUACCCUGCGUUGGAGUCGGCUAUUGUUCAUCACAUAGCUGAGGCUAACCUCAUCAACCAUCCGCCUUGGGUGUUGAAAGUGAUUCAGUUGUACGAAACACAGCGCGUCAGACACGGAAUGAUGGUACUCGGACCGACUGGAACUGGUAAAACCUGUUGUAUCCAGAUUUUGUUGAAGGCAAUGUCGCAAUGCUUUGAGCCCCAUCGGGAAGUGCGGAUGAAUCCUAAAGCCAUUACUUCGGCACAGAUGUUCGGCAAGUUGGACGUGGCUACAAACGACUGGACGGAUGGAAUAUUUUCCACUUUGUGGCGCAAGACGUCCAAAAUAAAGAAGAGCGAACAUAUUUGGAUGGUUUUAGAUGGUCCGGUCGAUGCUUUGUGGAUUGAGAACCUCAACUCCGUACUGGACGACAGCAAGCUACUCACACUUGCGAACGGCGAUCGUAUACCAAUGGUGCCCAACUGCAAGAUUAUUUUUGAAGUAGACAAUAUUGACAACGCAACUCCUGCAACUGUUUCACGAAACGGUAUGGUUUACAUCAGUACAUCUGCUCUAGACUGGGAUCCAAUACUCAAGGGUUGGUUACUAACGCGCUCGAAAGGAGAAGCGGAACAAUUGUUUAGACUUUUCUCUUGCACGUUCCCAAUGUUGUAUCAGUAUGCCGACAGGCACCUGAGUUUUAAAAUGAAAACUUUGCAGACGCUCAUUAUCCGUCAGGCAUGCAACGUUCUCUCUGGCAUCAUACCUACGAAAGAGGAGAAGGAACCAUCCGCUCUGCUGGGAAUUCAUCUGGAGCGCCUCUAUGUUUUCUCACUUCUAUGGAGCAUCGGAGCUCUACUUGAAGCAGACGAUCGCUCUAGAUUGGAGGCGUAUAUUAGACAAGAAGAAACAUUCAAGUUAGAUAUGCCACCAGUAACGGAGUCCAAAGAUUCUUCGUUCGAUUUUCUUGUCUCCGAAGCUGGUGACUGGAUUCACUGGUCUGAGCGGGUGGGAAAUUUUGUGUAUCCACACAAAGACGUACUUGACACUACCAACCUCCUAGUACCGAACGUGGAUAACGUACGCAUUGAAUAUCUCAUCUGUGUGAUCUCCAAACAGGCGAAGUCGGUUAUGCUAAUUGGCGAGCAGGGUACGGCGAAAACCGUAAUCAUGAACAAUUUCCUAAGCCGUUACGAUCCAGAACGCCAUGCGACCAAAACUAUGAACUUCUCUAGUGUGACAACUCCUGGUCUUAUUCAGUUCACUAUCGAAAGUUUUAUGGAUAAACGUGUUGGUAACACAUUCGGGCCUCCCGGUGGGCGUAAGAUGACCAUUUUCAUCGACGAUAUCAAUAUGCCGGAAGUGAACGAAUGGGGUGAACAGGUUUCCAACGAAAUUACCAGGCAGCUGAUUGAAAUGGAAGGGUUUUACAGUUUGCAAAAGCCGGGUGAAUUUACGAAGAUUGUGGAUUUGCAAUUUCUAGCCGCAAUGAAUCAUCCUGGUGCUGGACGGAACGACAUCCCAGAGCGGCUGAAAAGGCAUUUUUCCAUUUUCAACUGCACGCUGCCUAAUGAUAGUUCAAUAGACAAAAUUUUCGGUACAAUAGCUCUGGGACAUUUUGGUCCCAGUAAAGGUUUCAGUGAUUCGGUUGGGCAGAUGAUCGAAAACUUGGUGCCGAUGACCAGAAGAGUUUUGCAACUUACAAAAGGCAAAAUGCUGCCAACACCGUCGAAAUUUCACUACAUCUUUAACCUAAGAGAUUUGCAUCGUGUAUGGCAAGGGAUGACCACUGUGACUGUUGAGGUUGUCAAUUCUGACGAACGACUUCUGCUACUGUGGAGACAUGAAUGCACCCGAGUGUUUGCAGAUCGGUUUACAGCAGCGGAAGAUCAUGCGUGGUUCAAUUCCAUGUUGUGUCGUGUCGUGAGUGAACAAGUCGGCACCCAAUACGUGCAUUUGUUUGAGUCCAGUCCUCCGUAUUUCGUGAACUUCCUUCGAAGCCCACCUGAGCCAACUGGCGAUGAACCUGAGGAUGAAGUAUUGGAAGCACCAAGGAUAUACGAGCCGAUAGCCUCUUUCGAACAACUCAGGGAUCGCGUUGGUGAUCUCAUGCGACAAUACAACGAGACUGUCCGUGGCUCUAAAAUGGAUCUAGUUCUCUUUGAAGAUGCACUGGCGCAGAUUGUGCGCAUUUCACGCAUCCUAUACUUGCCUAAAGGAAAUGCACUUCUUGUCGGUGUUGGAGGCUCUGGCAAGCAGUCAUUAACCAAACUUACCUCGUUUAUUGUGGGUUAUCAGACACACCAAAUCACACUAACGAGGUCGUAUAACGUAACUAACCUCCUAGAUGACUUGAAAAUUCUUUAUCAGACUGCUGGACUGAAAGGAAAAGGGAUCAGUUUUUUGGUUAGUGAACAAGAUAUAAAGGAAGAGACUUUCUUGGAAUACCUCAACAGCAUUCUCUCCUCUGGAACUGUAGCCAAUCUUUUCACACGUGAAGAAAUGGAGGAGUUCUGCCAAGAACUAAUUCCAACGAUGAAGAAAGAAUUCCCGAGACUUAACCCCAGCAACGAAACUCUUCAGGAAUACUUUUACAGCCGGACGCGUAAAUAUCUGCACAUAGUCUUAUGCUUCUCCCCUGUGGGUGAGAAAUUCCGUCAGAGGGCACUGAAAUUUCCUGGGUUGUUUUCCGGAUGCACAAUUAUUUGGUUCCAUCAGUGGCCACGAGAAGCAUUGGUCUCUGUCGCGGAUCAUCAUCUGAGUGGUUUGCAAAUGAGCUGCUUAGCUUCCACCAAGGCAGAAAUCAUUCAUACCAUGAGUGCCAUCCAUGACGAGGUUGCCAAAACUUGUGCAGAUUAUUUUCGGAGGUACCGUCGCCAAACAUACGUGACACCUAAAUCUUACCUGUCGUUUUUAUCGAGCUACAAGACUGUUUACAUGCAACAGUACAACCAUUUCGCAGAGCAGGCUGAGCGAAUGUCCGGUGGCUUGAGGAAACUAACAGAUGCUCAGGAAAAUAUAGCUGAACUGAGCAAGGAGCUAGCUAUUAAGGAGAAAGAACUGGAAGUUGCGAAACAGGAAGCUGAGGAAGUGUUGCGUGACGUCACUCUCCGACAACAGGCUUCCACGGAUGUUCGCAAUAAAGUACAAUCUGUCAAAGACAAAGCCCAGGUCAUUGUGGAUGAAAUUGACCGUGAAAGGACAGUAUCGGAGGCCAAACUGGAGGCAGCCAAGCCAGCGUUGCUUGAGGCUGAAGAGGCACUAAACACAAUCAGACCAGCGGAUAUCGCAACCGUGAGAAGGCUGGGGAAGCCACCAAAUUUAAUUAUGAGGAUAAUGGAUUGUGUUCUGCUGCUAUUUCAGCGACGUUUGGAACCAUAUCAAGCUGAUAUGGAGCGCCUUUGCCCAAAACCAAGUUGGGCAGAGUCAUUAAAGUUGAUGACGAACACCGGAUUUCUCUCUAUGUUAGUGUCAUUUCCGAAGGAUUCAAUUAACGAAGAAACGGUCGAACUGUUGGCUCCCUACUUAACGAUGGAAGAUUACACACUUGACAUGGCAAAGAAAGUUUGCGGAAAUGUCGGGGGAUUGUUAUCCUGGACCAAAGCCAUGGCUUAUUUCUAUUCCAUAAAUAAAGAAGUACUCCCUAUGAAGGACAAUUUAAUCAAGCAAGAAGCCAGCCUCAUGAAGGCUAUGAGUGAUCUGCAAGCUGCACAAAGUUCACUUGAGGAAAAGGAGCAUGAGCUUGCCAGAGUACAAGCAAUUUACGAUGAUUCGAUGCGCCGAAAGAAGGCCCUGAUGGAUGAUGCGGAACAGUGCCGAAGAAGAAUGAUGGCUGCGUCCACUUUGAUCGAUAGUUUGGGAGAUGAACGAAUUCGGUGGACGGAACAAAGUGAACGGUUUAAAGAUCAUAUUGAGAGCCUUUCCGGAGAUGUACUGGUAGCAACCGCUUUCUUGUCGUACUGCGGCCCAUUUAACCAAGAAUACCGUCUGGCUCUGAUCAACUCGUGGCAAAUGGAAAUAACGAGGAGGAAAGUUCCUGGCUCAACCGUUGUGAAUCUGAUCGCCACACUGACUGAUCAAACUCAGCUGGAACAGUGGAACCUUGAAGGACUACCAACAGACGAACUGUCCAUCCAGAAUGGCAUAAUUGUUGAUAAAGCCGGCCGAUAUCCUUUGUUGAUCGAUCCUCAAGGUCAAGGGACGGCCUGGAUCAAAAACCGAGAAAAGUCAAAUGAUAUGCUUGUGACGACUUUGUGGAAUAAGUACUUUCGGCAGCACUUGGAAGAUGCGUUGUCCCAAGGCCGACCAUUGUUGAUAGAGGAUGUGCAUGAGGACUUGGACCCCACAUUGGACAACGUGUUAGAGAAAAAUCUCAUUAAGCAAGGAUCUAUGUUGAAGGUCAAAGUUGGUGAUAAAGAAGUAGAUGUUGCACCUGGGUUCAAGCUGUACCUUACCACCAAGCUGGCCAAUCCCAUGUACGCUCCAGAGAUAUCGGCACGAACUUCCGUGAUAGAUUUCACAGUUACAAUGAAAGGUCUGGAAGACCAACUGCUCGGAAGAGUGAUUCUAAGCGAACGAUACGAGUUGGAAUCCCAGCGAGUGAGACUGAUGGAAGACGCACAAUCGAAUAAAACCAAGAUAAAACAACUGGAAGAUGGUCUUCUUCUAAGGCUAGCUAGUGUGGAAGGCUCAGUUGUAGACGAUGCUGAUCUGCUUACGGUAUUAAACACAACCAAGUCAACUGCAGCCGAGGUGACACGUAAGUUGGAAAUCGCCUCGCAGACGGAAUUGCAGAUCAAUGCCGCCAGGGAAGAAUAUCGCCCUAUUGCCAUGCGUGGAUCAGUCAUCUAUUUUUUAAUCGUAGAGAUGAGUCUCGUGAAUUGUAUGUACCAGACUUCGCUUGGUCAAUUUUUACACCUCUUCGAUUCGGCGCUUGAAAAAGCCGAUAAAUCUCCGAUGACUUCGAAGCGGAUCGUGUAUGUGGUUGAAUACCUCACCUACAGUAUAUGGCGAUACAUUAUUCGGGGGUUGUAUGAGGUCGACAAGCCUACAUUCUCACUGCUCCUGGCACUCAAAAUUGAUCUUCAGGCGGGACGGAUCCGGAACGAAGAAUUCCAGUGGCUAAUUAAGGGUGGUUCAACGCUGGACAUAACAACAGUGACACCAAAGCCAUUCAAGUGGAUCACGGAUAUGACUUGGCUAAAUCUUGUAUCCUUAUCGAACAUACAUCAAUUUUCCGGUAUAUUAAAUCAUGUCACGAACAACGAGCGGGCCUGGCGUUCUUGGUUUGACAAACUGACGCCUGAGAUGGAGCCACUUCCGAGCGGCUUUCAAAGCUCCAUGGAUGCCUUCCGGCAGCUACUCCUCAUACGUGCCUGGUGCCCUGAUCGAAUUACGCAACAGGCAGAAACGUACAUCAGUGCGACGCUCGGGGCAAGGUUUACCGAAGGUCUCGUGAUGGAAGUCGAGGAGGUGUUCGACGAGUCCGUCCCACAUUGGCCAUUAGUUGGAUUGCUCAGUAUGGGAUCGGAUCCAACAAUGCGGAUUAAACUCUUGGCCAAAAGGCACAGGGUAAGUUGUUAUUAG